GAAAAGGCUUGACGACAUUGUGAGACAUCGAUCUUCCCAUUAUCAGCUCUGGAAAGGCGAUCAAGGGGAUCUAAUUGCAGCCAAAGAACUCCUUCGUGGCAUUGACAGUUCCUAGAAGAUCAUGUUGGAUAUAUCUGCCUUGUCCGCGAAAAGGCGAAAUAGAACUUAGAUAUGACCGCUUCACCACUAUAUAAGAUCCAACAAGUCAGAAACCGUUCGAUAAAUGUGUAGGCCCCAGACAACCUUACAUCAUCUACGCCAAGUAACUAUCAUUUUCCUUAGCCUGAUUAGGCUAGCUCUUUUCAACGUGGAUCGCUUUGUCUUGGCAGGCAAGAUUUCGGCCCUUGUCAUGGAAGACCCAUACCUUAAUAAACAAGUAUAGCCAUACUCGAGCAAAAUGGGAAUCCCAUUCCUCACUCGUCUCUUGUAUCCAUAUUCACAGUCAGUUGUAUUAGGACACAGUCCGGAUCUAGAUCGUGCAAAGUCCAUCAAGUCUGUUGUCAUAGAUGGACCUAGUCUAGUAUAUCAUAUCUCCACGCGAUUGCUAUCGCAGUCUGAUACUGGCCUCAAUUAUCCCGACGUGCAGCCGACUUGUGAUGAAGUGAGUUGUGGAUUUAUCAUCUUUCUUCUACAAUUGGCAGCCCAUGGUGUUAAAAUAGAAAAAAUAUGUUUUGAUGGAGCUUUACCUGAUGAAAAGCGCGAUACUCGCCUUGCCCGAUUAGAGAAAUCGAGGAGAAAGCUCGAAGUUCUCCGUUCUAAAACAGCCCGCAGCUUUCCGGUUUCCGGCGACUCAUACAAAGCUCGCACAAUUCAGCCCGACACCAUCUUUCGGAGGCGGAACUUACCUGCAAGGUAUAGCCAUGUCCCCGAGAGCUCUUUCAUCGUCCCUGCAAUUUUUGAGGAUCUUAAGCAACGGUGGUGCCGAAAGAACAUUGUCAGCUUCACGGGAGGUGUCCAAGGCAUAGAAAUGAUCCCUCUCGACGACUUCCCCUGGGCGGAUAUGACCGUGAUGGUUCCGGGAGAGGCGGACGCAUAUUGUGCCUACCUAGCCAAGCUUACGGGCUCUUCUGUCCUUACUAACGACUCGGAUCUUCUCCUUCAUGAUCUCGGUGCAGCGGGCUCUGUUAUACUUCUGACUUCAGUUGAAGUUGAGACUUACGAUGCCUCUCAACCGGAACUUCUACAUAUCAGAGCUCUGAAGUUGUGUCCAGCAUUGAUCGCUCCUCGGCUUGGACUCAAAAGCUUGCUACCUCUAGCAUAUGAGCUCAAGAACAGUCCAGACAAAGGAAUGGAACAGCUACUACAGCAAUUGAAAACAACAGAGAAAUCACCGGAAGAGCAUCCGGAAUAUGUCCUAUUUACGGAUGAGUACCGGAGCAAUGAAAGGUUAGGAUGGGCAGCAGCGAGUUGGAGCUACCCUCAGUCUCUUGACCCAAGAAUUUCGGAACUCUAUUCCCAGUACGGAUCUUGCAGUGGUAACUCACUUUCCAAAUCUUUGAACAUGUACCUUGUGGUCCUGAACGAAGAUCCUACAAGACAGUGUGCCUGGGCAAAAGGCCAACUAUACAGAAACAUGGCUUACUCAACCCUCAACGUAUUGCACCCAAUCAACAAAAGGCAUACCUUUGUUGAUGAGUAUGUCAGGCGAGGCGGAAGAAUCGCAACUGAUCACAUGCCACUGAAAGAGAAAGAAUGGAUCUUGAUGCAAACCAGGUCACUUCUGGGUGUUCUGAAUAUGACCCGUGAUGCUUUCGGGAUUGAAAGGACUUCACCAGUGUACUGGAGGAUGUUUGCACUGUAUGUAAUUUAUGAUGGGUCCACAAACACAGUCCCAAGCAGUCUGUCUCUGAUACAAUUCCUGAGCAUUGGAUAUAUGGACAAAAGGCCAGAUUGGGCAGACAUCCAUCUGCUAGCCCAGAUUCAGUCUGUACUAUAUUCCUUACGAAUGCUCAACCAGGUAUUUGGGAUUGCAGGCCUUACUGAGGAUUCAGUGGCACAAACAAGAGCUGCAUUGAAGCAUUUACCACCGCUACACAUUCUGGCUAGACCAGCAUGUGAGAUCAUCAAGGAAUUGAAAGUUGAGUGCUCUGUUAAUGAACUUGUAUGUCGACUUAUGCAACUUCUAGGAGACAACACACAUCAAGAUAUUUCUAUUUGUGCACCGCAAUGCAGCGAUGAAACUGCAAUGCAAACGCAAAACUAUUUGCCUCCUGUGAAGCAUGCACUCAGAAGGUCCUCUAAUAUAUUUGAACACCUUUCGCAGCAAUAACUACCAUGUUUGCAGUGUUUGCUCUCACUUCCAAUUGCAUUUCCCUUUAUCACGCACAAAAAACAGAUGUGAGGAUAUAUGUAAUCUAAAUAAUUACUGAGACGC